AUGACAUUAGACGCUCUCAAACAACUAAACAUUCCAUUUAUAUUUCAGCAACGGAAUGUCAAGUUGGAUUUUAUCAACGGUGGGAAUGGUAUCAAAAACCCACUGCUGAGUACGGAGUUUGCCGACAAUAAACUUGGACUAGUUACCAGCAACUGCUCACUGCCAUGCCCCGUGUGUAAUCUCACCUUUGAUCUGGCCAAGCAUUUGCAGAGACAUCUCAAGACACAUCGAGAGAUUAAACGCUUCCUAUGUUCUUUCUGUGGAAAGGGAUUCAACGAUACGUUUGAUCUGAAGCGACACACACGAACUCACACAGGCGUGAAACCCUACAAAUGCAGCCAGUGCGAGAAAGCCUUCACACAGCGAUGCUCUUUGGAGUCACACGGCCGGAAAAUCCACGGACAGAGGGCCAAACUGUACGUGUGCGAGGUCUGCGGACACUCCACGGAUCUGGCCGAUGAACAUUACGCCCACAACCGGCACGUGCAUCCUUCGUCUCAGCUGAAGCGACGGGUCAAUCUCUUCAAUUCAUUAGCAACCAAGUAG